AUGGCCGCAACUAAGCAAUUUAUUCGUACGGAUUUCGAUGAUAUACUUGAGUCGUUUGUGGAUGAAACUCAAUUCCCUUGGCUUGAUCCUAGUCUGCACGAAAGACAAUUAACUACACAUGAUAUUGAUGUGAAUCGAUUAUUUACUAUCGAAGCUCUCAAAGAUGAAUCUGAUCUUGUAGCCGAUAGAAAUUUAACUACUGGUGAAAUAAUUGGCUUAUGUGAAGUACCAAUUAUACCUAAACCAGUAGUUAAUAUAAGUCUUGAGGAUGAUACACCAUUGUACCCUAAUGAAUUUCUUCAACCUGCUCCAAUUUCAUGUCCUUGUUUGCCUCCAUCCGCAAAAGAUGCAGCAAAUGACAAUCAUCAAGAUUUAGAAACAAUUAUUAAUCGAAACGAAACAGACAUAAUAUUAUCAACUAAUGAUCAUCUCCUAAAAUCUUUAUCGAACGAAGAUGAUCUUGGUAUGGAUCUUUCCUCCGCUACAACCUCAUUUAAACCAAACUUCGAUAAUCGGAUUGAAUCAUUUCUUCAAAAAUGGAAACCCAAUCUUGAUGAUAUUAAUUUACAAUCGACUUCUAAUCAGCAACAAUCAACAAUUAUUGAUGCGCCAAUACCAGCAAAACUUCGUCUUGGUGGAUUAUUUGAUAUUCCAUUACCGGAACUUAAAUUUAAAUCAACAAUGAAAGAUAUAAAUAAAACAGCUGAACAACAAUUAAAUCGUUCAUAUGCCAUAGAAUUAAAUCCAAGUGAAAAACUUGGAGAUUUUCGUUUGCGCGUACCUGACAUGGCUAUUGAAUAUCCAUUUGAAUUAGAUACAUUUCAAAAACAAGCUAUUCUAAGAUUGGAAAAUAAUGAAAGUGUUUUCGUUGCAGCACAUACAUCAGCCGGCAAAACAGUUGUUGCUGAAUAUGCGAUUGCUCUUGCGCAAAAUCAUUCCACAAAAGCAUUUUAUACGAGUCCAAUAAAAGCUCUAUCGAAUCAAAAAUAUUGUGAUUUCAAGAAACGUUUCAACGAUGUUGGACUUCUUACUGGUGAUGUCCAAAUUAAUCAUGAAGCCUCAUGUUUAAUCAUGACUACAGAAAUUCUCAGAUCUAUGCUCUAUAAUCGAUCGAAUACACUUAAAUCACUUGAAUGGGUUAUUAUGGAUGAAAUUCAUUAUUUAAAUGAUUCAGAAAGAGGUUUCGUGUGGGAAGAAGUAUUGAUUAUGUUACCUGAUCAUGUAGGCUUAAUUAUGCUUAGUGCAACCGUUUCGAAUGCUCGAGAAUUUGCUGAAUGGGUUGGACGAAUGAAACGACGAAAUGUUUAUGUUAUUUCAACCUUUAAACGGCCAGUUCCACUAGAACAUUUUCUUUAUACCGGCAAUAGUACGUCAACAAAUAAAGAAUUAUUUAUGCUUAUUGAUGCUGAACAGAAGUUCCUUGAGCGAAAUCAUGUUCAAGCUGUUGCGGCUAAAACAGCAAAACAAAAAGAUCGGCAACAACAUUUUGGAUCGAAAACUCGACAUGAUACUCUAAAUACAAAUCAGAAUAAAACAUUAUGGACAUCAACAAUUUAUAUGCUACGUGACAAACAAUUAUUACCUGUUGUUUGUUUUGUAUUUUCUCGUAAACGCUGUGAUGAUUAUUUAGAAUUAGUUAAAGGUCUUGAUUUAAAUACUCAAGAAGAUAAACAUUAUGUAGCGCAAUUCUUUCGGCAAGCUCUAUCGAGAUUAAACGAAUCCGAUCGACAAUUGCAACAAGUUAUGAAUUUGCAAGAAAUGGCUAAACGUGGCAUCGCAAUACAUCAUAGUGGUGUUCUACCAAUCUUACGUGAAUCAGUUGAAUUACUAUUUCAAACGGGGCGUAUCAAGGUGCUUUUUGCAACCGAAACAUUUGCAAUGGGUAUUAAUAUGCCUGCAAGAACCGUUCUGUUUGAUUCAUUGCAAAAACAUGAUGGUAAAGGUUUUCGUGAACUUGUACCAAGUGAAUAUAUUCAAAUGGCCGGUCGUGCAGGUCGUCGGGGUUUAGAUAAAACUGGAACUGUUAUUGCCUUAUGUAAAGGUGAUGUACCUUCCAUAGCUUCACUAAAAGCUAUGAUACUGGGUAAAUCUGCCAAACUUCAAUCUCAAUUUCGUUUAACCUAUUCAAUGAUUUUAAAUUUUCUUCGUGUUGCUGAAUGCCCAUUGGAAUAUAUGGUAUCAAGUUCUUAUUCUGAAUAUCAUAGUCAAAAAGCGAAUGCACGUGAUAUAAUAGCAGCAAAUAAACUACGUUCAACGAUUGAAACACUUCAUCAAUCAAUGAAAUCGUAUUAUACAAAUGAAUUAAAAACUUAUUUCAAUGAAUGUGAGCACUUUUGGGAUGUGUUAUUUCAAAUUCAAGAAAUUUUAAUUCAGCAGGAAAAAAUUUCUCAUCGUUUUCUCGAUGAUUUACUUAAAUGUGGAAGAAUCAUACGCAUUCGUGAUAUCUAUGACACAGAUUUACCUGCUAUUGUACUUGACGGUUCAUUUAGUGCAUCGGGAAAAAAUGCUAAUCAUCAGCGUAUUAUAUCGGCUUUAGUUAUAAGUCAAUCAGGAAAUCGUUUGUUAACUGAUUUAGAUCGAUUAAUUUUAAAAGAAAAUGAAAAAAUGUUUAUUUUACCUGUACAAAAAUGGAGCAUCGAUCAAAAUGAACAAGAACAAAAAUUAAUUUAUCAAAUUAAAAAUAUUAAUAUUACGGAUCUGCUUGAUAUAACAAAUGAAAUAAUACCAAAUAUAAAUUAUAACGAAAUAUUAGAAGGUCAUUGGAAUCAUCGAAUGGGUGAUACGUUCGAUAUUGAACUUGAAUCAACCAUGGGAACUGAUAAAGCAUUAAAACAAGCAAUAGAAAAAUUAAAAUCUAUUAGACAAAAGUCCAAUAAUCAAUCAAUUGCCUCAAAUCGUUUUAUACUAUUAAAUGAUCUACUAAACAAAGCGUCUCAAUCUUCAUUGCUCAAUGAUCUUCAUGAGCUCAACGUAAAACUUGAAAACGAAAAUUCUUUAAAUUUAAAUGAAAAUUUUCAUUAUAUACGUAAAUUGAAAUUUUAUGAAAAUAAAUAUUCCGAAAUGAAUAAACGUCUAACAUCACUUCAAACAAGUCUUCAAACAUCAGCGGAAUAUGAAUCGAUGUUGGAAGUUUUAAAAGACCUAAAUUAUAUAUCGAACAAUAAUCUAUUGAGUUUGAAAGGUCAAGUCGCUGCAAUAUUCGGUAGUGGUAAAGAACUUUUACUAACUGAGCUUAUCUAUCAAAAUUUAAUUGAUAAUUUGACAUCGAGCGAAAUCGCUGCGCUCUUGUCAUCCAUUAUAUUUCAAGGGAAACGUUAUGACGAUCAAUAUAAUGAUGAAAAUAAAAAAAAAGAAAUUACUCCAACGUUACAUCAAGCUAAACAAGAAUUAAUCUCGAUCGCCAGACGACUCGAUCAAAUUCAACGUGAUUAUAAAAUUCCAACUAAUAUUGAAGAUGAACUUAAUUUUAGUAUAAUGUCCUUAGUAUAUAAAUGGGCGCAAGGUGCUAAAUUUUAUGAUAUUAUGAAUGAUCCUGAGAUGGAAGAAAUCGAUAUACAAGAAGGAACAAUUGUUCGAACAAUUAUGCGUAUUGAAGAAUUAUGUUCAGAUAUUCGUAAUGCUGGGAAAACAGUUGGAAAUUCAGAAUUAGUUGAUAAACUUAAUCAAGUUACUGCAUUAAUAAAACGUGGCAUUGUUUUUGCGCCAAGUCUUUAUUUUUCUGAGACAAUUACAACACUUUGA